AUGCCCUCAACUACAGAUACCAGAUCUUUUUCAAUUAAAAGAAAUAGAUUUAGCGCUGCUCAUAUACGUAAACUGAUAGCUACUGGUGAUUUGAAUCAUGUUAGUGCUUUACGAAAUAGUGGAAAUGAAAAUUCAAAACGUUUAACUGGAAAUGAUGUUAAUGGUAGUAACAAUAAGCUUAUUUUGACAAAUUUACCAGAUCCAUUGGAUGUUGAAGAUAUAUUGUCAAAUUCAACUGUUACCCAACCAACUGCUGAUUUGUCAACUUCUUCUAUUUUAUUUCCUCCAAUUGAUUUAGAAAUAUACAAUCAAGAUGUCGUUGGUGUAACUUCUCCUUCUCAAAUUAUACCAGAACAUAUUGAUCCAUAUACUAUUGAACCACAUAUAUUAGAAGCUUGUCAUAGACAUGGCUAUAAAACAUCUUUUACAAUUUCUAGAAAACAUCAUUCUAACUCAUCGGCUUUUGCUCAGGCUAAAGCAGCAAUAACAAGAAAUAAGAUAUUAGAGAGAGUUCCUAAACAAAAAUUAGAUGAAAUACAAGGAACAUUGAAUGAAAUAAAUCUUGGAAAUGUGAAAUUUGAUGUAUCAAAUGAAGAAAGAGAUUCUUUUUGUUCAAUGUCAUCCGAUUCAUCAUCUGUUCUUUCUACAAACAAAGAUGACUCACUUACAACUGUCAGUAAUACAAUAUCCUCAGCAUCUCAAACAUCAUUGGUUAAGGAUCAAGUUUAUGCUAGUUUAAUAAAAAGAAGUACGCCAGAAAAUUUACAACUAGAAAAUACUUCCAAAAGAAAUAAUUCAAGGAUUAGUCAUAUUGUAUCAAUUUUACCUACAGAAGCAAACAACAAAAAUGAUAAUAAUAUUGAAAAAAGAAUAAUACCACAAUAUAAUAAUACACUUUUACCAAAUAGAACAUUUGUUAUGUUAAAAGUGCAAGAAUUAUCUCUUGAACCAAGUGAUUUGGAACCAAUAUUUGGUUCAAUUGUAUUAUUUGAUUUAAAAGAAAAAAGAAGACUUUCGGAGACAUUUUAUUUUGAUUUUAAUGUUGCACAUUUAUAUACAAUGAUUCACCAAAGUAUCUUUCAAUCAAAUUUAACACCAAAAGCUGGGCUUUUUGAAUUAUUUUCACCUGAAAAAUUAGUUGAUAUUUUCAUUAUAAUUAAACUUGAAAAAGUUUUACAGGCAGGAGAAUCUAAUGAUAUUUAUGAACCAUAUAUAAAAUUUGACACAAAUAGUAGUGUCAAAGAAAAAUACCAAAAUUUGGUUAUUGCGAAUUGUAAAAGACUUGGUAAUUUUAGAAUGCCUUUUGCCUGGAGUGCAAUUGAACUUUCACAAGUUUUGUCAGGUGGAAAAAUCGAAACUUUAAAUAGAAGAGAACUUAGUAAUAAAGACUCACCAUAUCUUUCUUCAGCUAAUGAUGAAUUUGACAUUACAAUAGGCUCCUCUCCAUUGAAUUGUAACGAUUUUUCUUAUAUUGGAGAAACAGAGUCUAUACAUUCAAUGGAUCGUACAACAAUUGUUAUUUCUCCUUCUCCAAUUGGUUCAUUACAAAAGAAAAAGUAUUUUUCUAUUUCAACUGUAGAUACAACAAUGUCACCACCACCAACCCCUGUAAAAUAUAAUGAACAACAAGAAACAAUGAGUAAAAAAUCAUCAAUUCAAACAAUUUUUAACAAACCUUUCACAAUAAAACUUCAUUCUUUUAUUAGAUCAGAAUCCGACAAAUUGUCAGAUGAAGAAUUGAUAAAAUGUCUUUUAGAAAAUAAAAAAAAUUCUAAUAAAACAUCAAAAUUAAAAACAAUAGGAGUUAAGUUUUGUAUUGAGUUAACUAUUCUUCCAAAAGAUUGGAAUCAUCUUGAUGAAACAAAUGCAUUUCUAAUUAACAAUUGUAUUAGUUCUGAAUUAAAAAAAUGGAAAAAUUGUAUAGUUCCAAUGUUUAAUAAUUUUAGUAAACAUCCAAUGUUAAGAGAAGUUUUGUCAUUUCCUUUUAAGGGACAUUAUGAAGUUAAUGAUGAUAAAACGAUGAGAAAUUUAUUAUUCAUUUAUCCUAAAUCUGCAAAUUUUUCAAAUAGAAGUGGAAAUGCAAGAAAUAUUUGUAUCAAAGUACAAUUAAUGGAUAAUAAUGAGACUCCUUUAAAAGUUUUUUAUAAUAAAAAUAGCAGUGAAUUGGUUGAUUAUGUUUAUACUUCUGUUUCUUAUCAUAACAAAACACCUCAAUUUGGAGAUGAAAUAAAAGCUAAUAUUCCAAUUGAUUUAAAUGAUGGUCAUCAUUUAUUAUUUACUUUUUACCAUAUAUCAUGUAAAUUAACAUCUAAAAAUUCUGAAGUUCCAGAGACUCCGAUAGGUUAUACUUGGAUACCAAUAUAUCAAGAAAGAGGUUGCCUUCAAACAGGAUAUUUUAAUAUUCCAAUUUCAUUAGAUAUUUUACCAAAAGGUUAUUGUUAUCUUACACCAGAAGUAAAUUUACCAAAUAUUAAAUGGCUUGAAUCACAUAAGCCAUUAUUUCAAGUUCAAAUAUCAGCUAUUACAUCUAUACAUACACAAGACAAAUAUUUGGAUGCUUUCUUUAGAGCAUAUAACUCUUUAAAAACAAUAAAAGGUUGUGAAGUAAUUUCAGCUGUUAAUAAUUUAGCUAAAGCUCAACCAGAACCAUUAGUUGCAUUUUUUUAUUCUAUCAUUGAUAAAUUGUUGUCUUUAAUUACUUAUGCAAGAAUUGAUGAAAAAUUUAUUGAAUGUAAGUUAUCAGAGGCAUGUUUUACUACAUUAUCACAAUUAAUCAAAAUAUGUACUGUUUUAUUGGAUGGAUCUGUUCUUGAUAAUCAUGGUAGAAGUAGUUUAUUAGCAAAAUAUAUUCAUUUAAAUAAAGUAACACCAAAAUAUCCAGAUAUGAAUAAUGUUAAUAUGUAUUCACAUAACAAAUCAUCUGCUAUGUCUUCUGAUUCUACUGUUGAUGAAUUACAUAAAAUUAUUCAUGAAGUUGAAAUAGCUAGUUGUUCAAUGAAAAUAUCAUCAACAGAAAGUGAAGGAAAUAAAAAGUACAAAUUUUUGCAUGAAGAAAUUGUUUAUCAAUGGAUUUUAUCAACAGGAUUUAUAAAAGAUAACAGUUGCACAUACUCUUGGUUCUUUUUAGAACUUAUAAUAAAAUCAAUGAGUGAAUUUUUAUUAAGUUUAAAUUCACAAAUGCUUUAUGUAUCAAGAAGAUCCCGUUUUGGUGAUGAGUAUCAUAAUAAUUUAAGUAGACUUAUUUCAAUAUUAACAAAUGAGAUUGUUGAAAGAGCAUCUAAAGAUUUGGUACAAGCUUCUUGUAUUAAUAAUUCACUUGCUUUCUUUCUUCAAGAUGCUUUCUCUAUAAUGGAUAGAACAUUUAUUAUGCGUCUUGUAAAAAGUUAUUACAAAGAUAUUUCUUCAAAAAUUGCAAACAUAUCUGAGACAUUAGCUAAAAAUCUUAUGAUUCUAAGAUUAGAUUUUACUAAAAUUCUCCUUUCUUAUGAACAUGUAAUUGCUUUAAAUUUACCUAUAUCAGAAAAUUAUUUAUCAAAUUAUUAUAACUCUACAAAUCAAAACAUUUUAAGUGAAACUUUUUCAUCAAAAUUAUUACUUGAAGGUAAAAAUUCUAAAUUUCCUGUUGAAAUUUCAACAUCAUUCAAAGCUCAACAUUUUUUGAUUGGUGUAUUAUUAAGUGAUUUGGUUACUUCAUUACACAGUGGAAAUGAAAAAAUUCAAAGUAAAGCAAUUUUAAAUGUUAAAAAUUUAUUAGUUAAUCAUGAAAAUGACUAUAGAAUAUGUGAAAAUCAAAAGUUAAUGGAAAAAGUUGCAGAUUUAUAUUUUCCUUUACUUGGUGUUUGUGUAGACAAUUCAAAUAUGUUUUUUAGUAAUUUUCCUCUUGAUGAUACAACAUCAAAUAGUUAUAUUGAUCUUAAUAGUGAUGGUAGAACAACAUUAGAUAUGGAACAGUCAAUGAAUCUUUUAUCAUGUUUUUGUUGGGUUUUAAAAUUUUCAAAUAAUAAUAAAAUUAAAAAUUGGAUUAUUUCACUUCCAUCAGAGAGGCUUGAAAAUUUUGUGGCUGUUCUUUAUGCUGUUGUGACAACUUUUGAAUUUAAACGUCAAGCUAGAUAUAUUAAAAAAAUGUAUAAUUUGUCUAAACUUUGUGAAGGUAUCAAAAAUUAUUCACCAUCAUGUGGUGAUUCUUUUGCAACAUUACCAAGAAAGAAAAAUUCAUCUAAUCAAUGUAGUCCUUCAAAAGCUAUGACAGUAUCAGCUGCAACUAUUUUAUCAGGAAGUGGAUAUAAAACAGCAUCAUCAUCAAAAACACAAGCAACUAAUCUUACUAAUAGUGCAAUUCUUGAAUCUUCAAUUGAAGUUAAAUGGCGUAAUACUUUAAGAUCUGGUGUACCUAGUACCCAAACAAAAUCAAUUGUUUCUGUCAAAACACAAAAUACUACUCAAAGUACAGAUUCACUUAAUAUUGUUUCAAUGGUAAAUUCAGAACAAUCUCAACUUGUGUUAGCAUAUUAUCUAACUAAUGAAAUUUAUUUAACUGUAUUAGAUACUAUAGAGAUGAUGAUAAGUUUAGUUUCAAGAGAUGAAUCUUCUUCUACAAAUAUUCAUUUUGUUCUCUCUUCAAUUUUAAGAUCAUUACUUCAUUUAGUUUCAUCAUCAACUUUUUCAUUAAGUUUAGAAAACAUAUUUGCUACUCAACGCCUUGCUGUUCUUUUAUUUCCUGAUUUUUAUUUUUCACAACAAUCUGAAUUAUGUCAAGAUUUAUGUCUACAACUUCUUAAACAUCUUGCUUCUAAAUCUUCUGUUAUUCGUUCUCAUGCUGCUGCUUCAAUGUAUAUGUUAAUGGCUAAUUCAUAUGAAUCAAUGCAUUCAUUUUCAAGAUUAAAAAUGCAAAUAACAAUGGCUUUAUCAACAUUAGUUUCAAAUUGUGCAGCUUAUGGUAUCUGGACAAUUCAUGAAACUGAUUUAAAAAAAAGUUUAAGUAAUUUAUUGUCUUACUUAGAGUGUGAUCUAACAACAAAUACAACUGAUAACAAAACAUUACUUUCUUCUACUUCUUUUCCACCUCAAGUUAAAGAUCUAAUUUUUAAUUUACAUAUGAUUUUAUCAGAUACAGCAAAAUUAAAACAUCAUUCAGAUGAUUUUGAAUUGCUUAUGGAUCUUAUGUUUAGAAUUGCAAAAGGAUAUCAAAAUAAUCCUGAUCUUCGUUUGACAUGGCUUUUAUCAAUGGCUGGAAAAAAUAUUGAACAUAAUAAUAUUUCAGAAGCUGCACAAUGUUUAUUACACUGUGCAGCAUUAAUAACAGAAUAUCUUUCAAUGUUAUCUCCAGAUGAAUUAUUUACACGAGGAGCUGCAUUAUUUUCUAAAUUAAGUGAUAAUAUUUUAGAUGAAUCUGCUAUUUCUGAUGAUGUUAUAUCACCUGAAGAGGAAGGAAUAUGUGAAAGUAGUUAUUUUAGUGUUGAAGGUCUUAUUUUUAUAAUUGAACAAGCAGCAAUAUUAAUUGAAAAAGAUCAAAUGUAUGAAUUAGCUAUACAAUUAUAUAAUAUUUUAAUUUCUCUUAUUGAAGAGUAUGAUGAUAGAAAAAAAACAAUAAUGGUAUAUGAAAAAGUUUCACAAAUGCAUAAAAAAUUGGAAGAAAUUGAGGUAGUUAAAGAAAAUAUAUCUGAUGCUUGGCUUUCACCAUUAGCUAAUUCUGAUAAAAGACAUUUUGGAACAUUUUUUAGAGUUGGUUUUUAUGGGGAUAUGUUUGGUGAGGAACUUGAUGGCUCUGAAUAUAUAUAUAGAGAACCUUCAUUAACACAACUUUCUGAAAUUUCCCAUCGUUUAGAAGGACAUUAUAUAAAACGAUUUGGUGCUGGUUGUGUAGAAAUUAUUAAAGAUAGUAAUGAAGUAGAUAAAUCAAAAUUAAAUCUUACUUCUAAAGUUUAUUUACAAAUUACUUUUGUUGAACCAUAUUUUGAUGGUUGGGAAAAAAAAGAAAGAAUUAAUAGUAUGUUUCAUAGAAGGUAUAAUGUAAAGAGAUUUGUUUAUGCAACACCAUUUACAAAAGAUGGUAGAUCUCAUGGAGAACUAAAAGAUCAAUAUAAAAGAAAAACAAUAUUAACAACAUCAAAAUCAUUUCCUUAUGUUAAGUCAAGAAUUAAAGUAAUAAAAAAAGAACAAAUUAUUCUAAUACCAAUAGAAGCAGCAAUAGAGGAUAUCCAAAAAAAGACAAGAGAAUUACAUGCGGCUACAGUUUCUAAUCCAGUAGAUCCAAAAAUCCUACAAAUGGUAUUACAGGGUUGUAUUGGAACAACAGUUAAUCAAGGUCCUAUUCAAAUGGCAAAAGUAUUCCUAAGUAACAUGUAUUCUGUAGAAUGUUCUCCAAUAAAAAAUAAUUAUCAAACAAUAAACAUACUUCAAAAUAAGUUACGUUUAUGUUAUAAAGAUUUUUCAAUGAAAUGUAGAGAUGCUUUAAAAAAAAAUGAGCAACUUAUAAGUCCUGAACAAGUUAAUUAUCAAAAUGAAUUAAGAAAAAAUUACAUUGAAUUUACUACACAACUGGGUGAAAUAUUAAAAGUUUCUUGUAUCCCCAUAGCCCAAACGGAAGAUUACACCUAUUUUGUAUAA